GCUUGACCGGAAGUUCCCCUAAUCGGCCGGCAGGUGGCAGCAGAGCAGACCUGGUGACGUCAGGCAGGGUCAUGCACGCGCGCCAUGCUGUGCUAAAGCGUGAUGAGGAUGAGGAUGAAGAUGACGCUCGUCUUCAGGCUUCAACGCGCGGCUCCAUGAGUCACGAGGCCACGCUGCAGCCCGCCAUCAACAACACGCGCGCCAAAUCUUAAGGCAGUCCAAAUGGCGUUCAUGUCCCGGUUCUCCCGGUCCCGGAGCAGCUCCAGAUCCCCGAGUCGCAAGGACUCGGAGCGCAUCUCCCCCACGUUGACCGUAUCCGAGUUGGAGAGACUUCUUUGUAGCGGCAAGACGGCCUGCAACCACGCUGAUGAGGUCUGGCCUGGACUUUACGUUGGAGACCAAGAUAUUGCGUCAGACCGUCGCGAGCUGGCCAGGUUGGGCAUCACACACAUCCUGAACUGUGCUCAGAGUAAGUGGCGUGGCGGGGCCGAGUACUACAAGGGCAUGGACAUCACGUACCACGGCAUCGAAGCUCACGACUCGCCUGCCUUUGACAUGAGCGUCAACUUCUAUCCUGCCUCCGAGUUUAUACACAAAGCUCUCAGCCGGGGAGGCAAGGUUCUGGUCCACUGCACGGUGGGUGUGAGCCGCUCUGCCACACUGGUUCUGGCCUACUUGAUGAUCCGACACAACCUGACGCUGGUGGAGGCCAUCAAGACGGUGAAGGACCACCGAGGCGUCACCCCCAACCGCGGCUUCCUGCGCCAGCUCAACGGCCUGGACGGCAUCCUGAGGGAGAGUCGCGGGGCGGCGCCGCAGAGCUGAGUCGUCCCGGCGGAACCGAGAUAGGUGGAGCCUCACAGGUGCCCCUCGCUACCAGCUACCAACUGCCCGGAUGAUGACAGGCUGCAGAGUGCAGUCAGGGCUAACUGCUAAUGCUAAUGGGAAAACAACAGUUUUAUAUUCCGAUUACCUCGAUCACAUUUUAGGGCGUUCACACUGUAACGUAGAGGCUAAAUUGCUUAGCCAGGAUGUAAACAAAGAGAUGGAUCUGUAUCAUCGGUGUUAGUCGUGGAAAACAAAAGCAUUCCGUGUCAUUUCUUUCAUUAACUUGUGAACAAGUGAAGCUAGCAAGCCAGCGAGCAUCGAGGUAGCAUGAAGGCAAGCUAACUGUCUGAAAUGGACGAUUUGUUAUUUUGAUUGAGAGGAAAUGCUAAACGCUAGCAGACAGUGAGCUUGCAUGUUGUUUUGACGUCACGUCCAGCCCUGAGCUAAACGUUUCGAGUAAAGUGUGGCUUGUUUUUGUCAGCUAGCCACUUUGGGACCAACACGUAUUUAUUAGUCAUAUUAGCACAUUUUCUAGCACAUUUCUAUACACUUUUACUGGAAACUAGAAAAAGAAAACUUUGUGGUUCUGUGCUGUGAUUGGCUGUUAAUUUAUAUUUUCAGUUACAAGUCAUUGCCUUAUUUUAUUUUUGAAAACAAAUGAGUUAGAAAUUAUUUUUGUAUCACUGUCUUUGAGAUUGAUGGAGAUGUUGAUGCCUUAAUUUUUGAGUUGUUUUUACACUUUGGUUUGUACGUUUUUAUUGUGAAUAAUUCGUACAACUGCGUCCUUUAAAUAAAUGUUCUUAAUCACAAUUCUAAAGUUACAAGAUGAUAGUCAAGGGACUUUUUUGUAGAGGAAGAGAACAUUUUUCCCAGAUAUUUUCUGUUGUUGAAAAGGGACAGCAACAGUGACCUCUGGUGGUGACGAAGACGUGCAUCGGGGUCCGAGCUAAUGACUUGACUGUACCAGCAGGG